ACGAUCUUCGUGCUGUACAGAGACAGCAGAGGACUGACGCCAGCAGACAAACUGCUCAAACCCGGACUGUGUUUUCGGACAGGGCUUGUGCUGCAAGUGAACCAUUCAACACGAAGUGCUGCAAACUUUACUCAGCUUCAGGCUCUUUCACUCCGCCGUCGAAAGGCCCUUUAAAGCGUUACACAUGCCCGGACUUGUGAGCUUGUAGCCGGUUUGUUCGAGUGCCAAAAAACCCACCGGAACAGGAGGUGACAGCGAGUGACAGGAGCUGAGAUUGACAGGCAAGUCCUGAAACGUACUCCUGGGUUUGUGUUGACCAAUGGAUGAGGAUGAAAUCAUGUGAACGUGUGCUAGCCUCGCAGUGCCAUGGACUUGUAGCUGGGCAAAAUCACACCUCAAUGGACUGGGGUCCUCGCCUACACGUGGUUGACCUUUUGUUAGCAACCUGAAAGGUGUAUCUACAGUGCGAGAGCAGACGCUGGACUCAGACCAGGAAAGAAAACCAGGGAGGAUUAACUCCUCAUUAGGGCUCCCCCGCCUCUUGCCAUCGUCCUCCCCCCCCUCCACCCCACCACCUCUCCCUCCUCAUGUCGGCAUGCCUUGUCUGUCAUUGGCUGCUUCUAUCAGGACCACCGCUGACUGGCUCGCUGUGACUACAGGACACAGGGGAGCGGGGAGGAGGUGGGAUGGGUUGAUGUUGCCACGGUAAUAGAGGAGGGCGACCACUCACCAAAUCAUCGAGCCGGGACAGAAAUGGAAAAAAAUAAAUCAAGUGGAGGGCUGCAGAAAGCGGGUUAGAGAGUGAGGGACUGAAAAGAGGAGAGGAGGGGGGAAAAACAAUAACGGCAACAGUGAGGGAUUAGGCAUCGACCGAGCAAUCAGGAAGUCCAUUUGGGACAAAGCAGCGUUAAAAAUCCUCCCAGACUUUAGACGUGAUCGUCAGAGCUGAGCUGCCAGUCCGAUUGGACAGCUGCUCAAGAUCUGUAGGAGGAAAAAAAACAUAGAAGCAUACACAAAGGAAGGAUGAAAUGAAACAGGUGAAACAUGAAAAACAGCUCUUGGACAAUCUCUCUGCUCUCGGUCGCUGUGAUAUUUCUCUCCUGGCGAUGAGUGAGAGGAGGUAAGCUGGCCCGAGUGAUGCCGGGGGCACAGAAAUAGAUUCAGAGAGAGAGAGAGAGAGAGAGAGCCAGGAUCUGAAGAGCAUGCGUCAGCACUAAGGCAGGGCCAACAAGAGUGAGAGAGAGCGACGGUGACAGCAGAGAUGAGCGAGGUGGAGCGAGAGAGAGAUUGAGGGUAGAAGUGAUUACCGUGGCGUGAGAUGGGACGACAGAAAUAGAGCCUGCCGGAUUUGUCACCUCCAGUGCCACACCUUGGCCGCAUCAUCCCCGACACUCCAUCCAGGCUGCAGCGGCUUCUACAGACGGGAUUUCCUCAUCCAGGAGGACAAUAGGAAUCAAUAAAUGAUCUGUUUCACACCUCGGAUGCUUCGUGAAGAUUAAAGCCACAGACGGGUGAAAAGAACAAACUGUAUGUCUUUUUAAAAAAGGCGGAUUGUCUUCUGUUUUUCUUCACAAGAGGAGGGAACCCUGUCUGUACACAACAAUGCAAAAAUAAGGACUGUGUUCAUCCUGCAUCAAGAAUUAUUGCCUGCAGCUCGCCAGAGGAAUGCAUUACUUAAACCCAUUUCCAUAAAGAUAAGCACCUGUGUUUUUACAGACUGGUCAGGCAGUGAGCACAGCCCUGUUAUCAGUGUGUGAACAUGAGGAACUCAAUGUCUGGCCAUUUUCAAGGAAAGCUGAUUCUCCCUAAAUGAGGAAGACAAUGAAGGUGGGAGCAUUUGAGGUGAUGCUGUAGUUAGUUGACUGAUGAGAAAUAAUGUGCUCAGCUGUCUGAUGCAGCGAUGUACUGUGAGUGACAUGCAGAAUACCGUACUCGUCUACUUAAUAACAGCACUGACCUCGCAGCAGGCUCACUGACCGACUGACUCACUAAGUGGGUUUGCUGACUGAAGCUGUGGCUAUUUGAGGACUUCGAGGACAGGUUGCCCCGGGCAGGUACCGGUCGGGAGCUGGAGCUCCAACAUGGGGGAGACAGCAGAAUACCAAAGGCUGCAGGACACAUCAGAGCCUGACUACCAACGUCUGCCCAGCGAUGACGAAGAGAAACUGGGAAGUAGCAUGCAGUGCGAGGAAGGCACAGAAUGGCUGCUGGAGCUGCUGAUGGAGGUGCAGCUGCAGCAGUACUUCCUGCGGAUCCGAGAUGACCUUAAUGUCACGCGGCUGUCACACUUUGACUACGUCAAGAACGAAGACCUGGAGAAGAUCGGCAUGGGUCGACCUGGACAGAGACGACUGUGGGAGGCUGUGAAAAGGAGGAAAGCCAUGUGCAAGCGCAAGUCCUGGAUGAGCAAGGUGUUUAGUGGUAAGCGUCCAGACGGAGGAGAUUUCCCCCAGCAGGGCCAGCCGACCUCCUCCUUUCGUAAGCUGUCUCCCACACCUCCUCUAGGCCUGGGGGAUGGAGUGCUGUCCGCACAGCCCGGUGGUGGUGGUGGUGGUGCUCCUCUUGAUGGGCAGCAGCAGGCUCUGACCUGCCUCAUCCCAGAGAAGGAUCUGACGGUGUUUGAGAAGCUGGGGGACGGCUCGUUUGGUGUUGUGAAGAGAGGAGAGUGGCUGACGCCUGCAGGGAAGGUGCUGAACGUAGCUGUGAAGUGUCUGAAGACAGAUGUGCUCAGUCAGCCCGACGCUCUGGAGGACUUCAUCUGUGAGGUCAACGCCAUGCACUCCCUGGACCACCAGAACCUCAUUCGCCUCUACGGUGUGGUGCUCACACACCCAAUGAAGAUGGUGACUGAGCUGGCUCCCUUGGGUUCUCUGCUGGAGCGUCUACGAUGUGUCCGUCCACAGGGCCCCGUGUUGAUCCACACUCUGUGUCAGUAUGCAGUGCAAGUGGCCUGUGGCAUGGCCUAUCUGGAGCAGAGGAGGUUCAUCCACAGGGACCUGGCAGCCAGGAACAUCCUGCUGGCCUCAGCUCACAGAGUGAAGAUCGGUGACUUUGGCCUGAUGAGGGCGCUGCCUAACAACGACGAGCACUAUGUCAUGCAGGAGCAUCGGAAGGUCCCCUUUGCAUGGUGUGCCCCAGAGAGUCUGAAGACCAGAACGUUCUCCCAUGCUACAGACACAUGGAUGUUUGGAGUCACUCUCUGGGAGAUGUUCACACACGGCCAGGAGCCAUGGCUGGGCCUUAAUGGUAGCCAGAUCCUGCAUAAGAUUGAUAAAGAAGGUGAACGCCUCCCGAAGCCUGAAGACUGUCCGCAGGAUAUCUAUAAUGUCAUGCUGCAGUGUUGGGCUCAGAAACCUGAUGACAGACCUACAUUUGUCGCCCUGCGGGAGUUCCUGCUUGAGACCAUGCCCACAGACAUGUGUGCUCUGCAGGACUUUAACGAGCCUGACAAACUCCACAUCCAGCUUGAAGAUGUCAUCACCAUCAUCGAAGGGAGGGCAGAGAAUUACUGGUGGCGAGGUCAAAACAAGCGGACCCUCAAGGUCGGACAGUUCCCCAGAAACGUGGUGACAUCAGUCGCCGGUUUGUCAGCUCAUGAUAUUAGCCGGCCACUCAAGAACAGCUUCAUCCACACAGGACACGGAGACUCCAACCCUCAUCGCUGUUGGGGCUUCCCUGACAGGAUUGAUGAUUUGUACCUCGGGAAUCCCUUGGAUCCUCCUGAUGUCCUCAGUGUAGACCUCAGUAGUGCUCGGCCCACACACCUACCAGGACGAGUAAGAAAGGAGCCUCCUCCCCGCCCUCCUCAGCCAGCAGUGUUAAUCAAGAAGCCUUGCUAUGAUCCAGUGAAUAAUGAUGAGGAGAUUACUUCAGCAGGACUAAAGAGAUUAUCACUUCGGAAAACAGGUUCCCUCAAAGGCUUAAAACUUAAACCCGCUGCGUGGGUCUCUGCUUCUAAACAGGGGAGUGGCCGGAUGUCAGGCUCAGGCCACAACCCCAACAGUGAAGUGUCCCUCAUUGACUUUGGGGAGGAGUUCCCCGCACCCACACCCUCCCCAUCCCCUGUGGUUGAAAUUCAAAUUCCUUCACUGGCAAAGCUAGCUCUGAAAGCCGAGAACAUCCUGGACCGGACACCACCUCAGAGUCCGUGUAGAUCGUUGCCCCGCCCCCUUCACCCUACGCCAGUAGUGGACUGGGAUGCCCGGCCAUUACCCCCACCCCCGGCCUAUGAUGAUGUAGCCCAAGACGAAGACGAUAUGGAGGUGAGCUCCAUCAACAGCUCGGAGCAGCAGCAUGAAGAGGAGCAGAGUGAUGUCCAUUAUCCAGAUGAAGCUCCUCCCUCUGGACAGAAGGUGGAGGGUGAGACUCUUGUCUCCAGGGGUCCAGACAGACCAGACCUGGAGGACAACCUCUUUCUCCCCAGCAGGCAGAGCCAGGGCCUGUCCACCUCCUUCUCCCAGUCAGCAGAGAUUUUCCAAGAACUCCAGCAAGAAUGCAUGAGAAGGCUCAAUGUACCGACUGGAAGCGCUGCCCAGUCGAGCGCACCAUCACAGAUCUCAGCCUUGUGUCCCCAGACUGUCGUAUCCCAUGAUGGACACCAGCAGAGUGUCCUCUCCUCCAAUGAAGACAAACCCCAGAUUCCCCCCCGGGUCCCCAUACCCCCUCGUCCCAUAAAAAGGGGUGACUACACAUCUGCUCGCUGGUCAAGGGAUCUCUCACUGUCACCCACACCAGCUGACACCACAGAAGACGUUUCAGGCCCAGGCCAGGACCGACCACCUCAGAUCCCUCCUAGGGAUCCUUUGUCCCAGCCGAGCUCCAGGACUCCCAGCCCUAUGGGUCUGGUAGUGGGUUCUCCCCAACAAAGAGUCUACUCUGUCAGCCCCACUACUAUGCAGGCUCCGCUUACCUCCUGCCCCACACAUACCUACGGCUCCUACCUCUCCACCUCUCCAGGUAAACUCAUGCCUACCACACACAGCUUUGCCUCAGAUCCUAAAUAUGCUGCACCCAAAGUGAUCCAGGCACAUGGGAAGGACGCCGCCAACAAGGGCCCCUGUAUUCUUCCCAUCGUUCGUGAUGGACGUAAAGUCAGUAACACCCACUAUUACCUUCUACCAGAGAGGCCCCCAUACCUCGACCGUUACGACCGCUUCUUCAAGGAGGCAGAGAGCCUACCUUCUAGCGGUGUGGAGGAAAGACAUGUGCGGCAAGCUAACACCGCCACCGUCAGACCCAUGGUGGUCAGCAGUCAGACUCUCCAGGGUCACGCCCAAGGACAGGGGCUGGUCCAGCCAGGCGAGCUGAAGGCUAAUUUCUCCUCCAACAACAACAGCAGCCUGGGUGGGCCGCGGUCAGGGAUGAAGACAUCAGUUAGUCUGCCUCGUGUUUGUUCAGACGGGCUGACAGCACCAGUGGUCACUGUUUCCUGCACCAGGACAGACGGUGGAGGGAACUCAGCUGACAGGGUGAAAAUGGUGCAGGAGGCAGUUCAUGGUGUGACAAUAGAGCAGUGCCAAGCCGCCCUCCAGAACCACAACUGGAACGUCCAGAAAGCUGUGCAUUAUCUGAAGGUGGAGCAGCUGUUCUGUUUGGGUCUGAAGAGCAGGUCCGAGUGUCUAAAGCUGCUGGAAAUGUGCGACUGGAACCUGGAGGUGGCCAGCACACAGAUGUUAGAUAACUAUGGAUCCACAACAAGACAGAGACGGUGACAGGAAUCUCAAGCUGCUGAGAUCUGAUUGGAACUUUCUCAUUCUCAGUAAAACAUCAUUAGAGGAGGUGAAUCUGCCCCUGACCCUUCACGUUUAUGCUUCCAGUCAGAACACUGUAAUUUGACUCUGGAAGAAUCAAGCACAUUUUCACUGAACUGGCACAAAAUACCAAACUUCAUCAUUUCAUUGUACAUACUUAGCAUGGACAAAGGAAUUUUGCUUGUGGGGAAAGAUUUUGGGUCAUAUCUUGACUUUGGUCUGAAAGUUACGUGAUUGUUGUAUGUAUUAGGAAAUUGGAAAUUGUAGACAUCUACCAUGUUUUUAAAGUCAAGGCAAAAAUGACACUGUGCUUUUAAUUUGGUGAGCCUGAAAUUUGUCAUUCUAACAGAUCUGCACAGUGUCACAGAUCCUACUUGCUACAAUACUCAGUCGGAUCCACUUAUUGGUAUCCUCACUGCCACAAUUACACUAUUGACCAACUACAGAGAUACUUUAAUCUUUUCUUUUGAUAUCGGCAUUAAAAAGACAGUUUGAAAGUGACAAGGCCAAAAUAAGUUAACUAGCACAAUAUACACAGUAGCACUUCCUGAAAAGGUUUCUACUUGCUACGAGGUCAUUGUAUUUUGUCAGAAAUAUGCCAAGAACUAGUUCGGACUCCUAUUUAGUGAAUUUACCGUAUUUCGGAAUUUAUAGUAAUAAUAAUAAUAAUAAUAUUAGUAAUAAUAGUGUACAGUGAAUGUGCAGAUUUUUCAUUAAAGGUCAACCUCCUGUAUUGGCGACUGUAGUGCCACUUAGAUGAAAUUGUUUUGAAGACCAAUUUUUAAAAAUAAAUAUCAUAUUGUACCUCUACCAGAAAAGCACAACAAAGCUAAUAUUUAACUGGCUGUCCAGGUCAUGUUGUACAGGGAAUCAUUUGGCCUGUCUGAAGAGAGGUGGGGAUAUGAUGAUGCUGCUGUGGAGACGAGGAAACGUGCAGAAAAUAAUACUUGAGGCAGUGACGCAGUGCUGCGCUCUCUGUGCAGAGAGUCGAAGGUCAAACCAGUGUACAGAAUUCAUGGAACGAGAACGAGAAGCAGUUUGUCCAAGAUUCACUUCUUAUGAAGACCUACAGAACUGUCUAAUUUAUAUCUAAAUGGUAUAUAAUUCUCUUUAAAAAUCUAAUUUAUAGAGAGACAUUUAUGUCUUUGUGAACAAAAUAUUGUAUUAUUUUAAUAUAUUUUGAACACAAUGCUCAGAGACAAAAAUAGACUGUUAUGUCCAUUACUGGGCAGGCCAUUUAUUAAAUUAUUUUAAUGCGUCACUCCUUAUGUUUAAUCACCAAUUUAUGACUAUUGGCACAUGUGGCCCAAGAACAAAUGGGCUACCAGUGAGUAGAAACUUUCUUUCUCCACCCCUGAUGUAGUCUUUCCUUAUUCCUUCCUUUAAAGCACUUUGCCCGCACAGAACUCCUGUGCAUCAGCUGAAAACUCCUGCCAGCUUGGUAUUUUCUGUAUACGCACAGGCUACGUUGGCAGCUAAUAUCAGCAACGUUGUGAAAUUUGCCCCAAGGCUUACAUCCUGUUCCAUCAUCAUCACUUAAAACGACGACUGUGAUAUUUUGGUCAGCAGCUUUAGGGGCAAUCAUUUAAGACCGGAAAGACAUGUCAGCUCUCUGUGAACUCAUUCACUGCUGGAUGGGACGAUACAUCUUCUGCCUGGGUAUUGUCACAGUAGAGCCCUCAAAAAAGGAAUAGUUCAAAACUUAGUAAAAAACUUUUGGGACUGUGUAAAAGUUGGGACUUUUGUUCUUCGGGUUUAUUCUGGAUGUGAGAACUCCACUAAAAAGAAGGAAGUAAAUGGCAUUUCACAUGCUUUGACUUCUAAAAUCUACUUUUAUGUGAUCAACCAGAUGUCGACUUGUUCCCAACAGUGCUUCUCUCUAUAGAAAAAAUAACCAACUGGUACCCAUCUAUUUAAAUUAUAAUAUAAAUGUGUAUGUCCACAUGUAGAUACUGGCGUUGCUCCAAACCAAACAGCCCCUCCAUAUGUCCACAAACACCCCAGAAUGUAACAGGUCUGAGUGCAAUCUGUUUGGACAGAAACUUCAAAUGGCUGAAAAAAGCGAACAUGGAGCCACAACAAGCCUGCUAUCUGCAUGGACACAUUAA